AUGCCGGCACGCGCCAGCGCCGGCUCGACUGCAGCCCACAGGAAGCGCUCGCACUCGGACGCCGGGACGGCGCCGCGCAGGAUGACAAAGCCAUCGCGCAAGAAGCGGUCCUGCCAGCUGCCGCCGGCAGAGGACCCGGACGAGGCGGACGCCGAGGUCGAGGUGGACGCACCGGACGACUUCGAUGCGCCCGCUUCGCUCUCAUCGUCGCUGUCGCACAGGUCGACUGUUUCGGCGAGCCGCGCCAUCUUUUGCGGAGGCUCGAGGGCGCUGCCGCAGACCUCGCACGAUCUGGCGUGGGGAGCUUCGUUGAGGAAGGUGCAGACAGGGCAGCUCACUGCAGACAUGAAAGCACCGCGCAACGCCGCCGCCGGCCCCGCGGCGCUGACUGGCGCAGACUAG